AUGUUCGUCACUUGCGUACUCGGGAGAAUCUCGACCACGGGGACGGCGAGCUGUGCAUCGUCCGCGGCGGCACCAAAGCCGAUGCUUAAAGGGAAGAACGCCGGAAGAAGCCGUAGGAAGAAUGGUUGCGCAUUCUCCGGCCCCGUUUCCCGCAUCAGGUCGAGUAUCGUGAUCUGGGCGAUCUCGCCGAACAAGCAACAUUCUGGUGGAACGACGCAGAUCGAGUCAAAGGUGUCGGGCCUCAAGAGCCUCGAGGACCAUUCCGUUCUCCGGAGCCGGGGCAACCAGGUCGAGCCCUACAUCCUCAACCGUGACAUGACUUAUUGA